UUUAUUAUUUUAAAGCAUUUUUUUAUAAUCUAAAUUAUCAAAAGUUCACAGAUUAUAAUUGAAAUAUUUAGUUACACGUAAUAACGUAUAAAUAGUGGAGAAACGCCUGAAUGAGUUUCAUAACGGUGGCUCAACUUGUCGAGUUUGUAUGUGUCGUACUGUUAUAAAAAGUAGAAUCAAGUCGGUUAGUGUAUCCACGUGUACAUUUACGUAACCCGAUUAUUUUAAGGAUGACUUAUGUAACAACGCUCUAUGUGUUAUUAUUUGUCGUAUAUUUCUUUGAAAGUAAUUUUGUAGUUUGCCAUACACAUGAUCAUGAUGUUCCAGGACAUUCGCAUACCCACAGUGAAGAAGCACCAUCAUUCAAAUAUUCUCGGCAAGCUAAUGAACCUAACCCUAUUUCGCAUAUGAAUGCCAAUCAACAUAUACAUGAAGAUCAUCAUGGCCAUAAACAUAGUCAUCAUCAUCAUCAUGUAAAUAAAGAAAAUGUAUAUGCUACAUUGGAUAAAGAAACAAAAGAAUGGCAUAUUGAAACUAAAAGCUCACCGCAAUUGAAGUUGGAGCCAAAACACACUGCAAAAUUAUGGUUUGAAGCUAUUGGUUCAACUUUCUUAAUAAGUGUUGCACCAUUUUUAAUUCUUAUUUUUAUCCCAGUGGAUAAUAGUGUUGAACAUAAACCUUUAUUGAAGAUUCUUUUAAGCUUUGCAUCAGGUGGAUUACUUGGAGAUGCAUUUUUACAUCUUAUUCCACAUGCUUUGAUGCCACAUGACUACAGUGUAAGUUCUAGUGGAGAAAGCCAUUUCCACAGUCAUGGGUCUUCUGACACGAACUUGGGAUCAGAGACACACAGCCAUGACUUGAGUGUUGGUUUGUGGGUCUUGGCAGGAAUCGUGGCAUUCCUUAUGGUUGAGAAGUUUGUUCGUAUUGUGAAGGGUGGUCAUACUCAUAGCCAUAGUAUCAUUAAUAAAGAAACUUUACAUAGCCACAAAGAAAUAGAAUGUAAUGAUAUGGAUAAAAAAAAAGAAGAUGAUGAUUCAGAAAACACGAACUGUGGAGGAAAUGAUGAUGGUUCUCUGAAACAUGACCAGAAAUCAAAAGAAGGAAAAAUUUCAACUAAUGAUACAAACAAGGCUGUCUCACUUUCAGAUAAACAAGGGGAACUUUCUGAUGGUGAUGUGAAAGUAGCUGGUUACCUUAACCUUGCAGCUGACUUCACUCACAACUUCACUGAUGGUUUAGCCAUUGGAGCAUCUUACUUGGCGGGAAGAAAUAUAGGCAUCGUGACAACAAUAACUAUUCUUUUUCAUGAAGUUCCACAUGAGAUAGGAGACUUUGCUAUUUUGAUUCAGUCUGGGUGCAGUAAAAAAAAGGCUAUGAUGCUACAGCUAGUGACAGCAGCUGGAGCAUUGACAGGAACUCUAUGUAGCUUAAUAGCAGAAGGAGCAGGAGAAGAAGCAUCUACAUGGAUUCUCCCUUUUACUGCUGGUGGUUUCAUCUACAUUGCUACAGUGUCAGUAAUUCCAGAAAUUCUUGAAGACACAAAGUUUUGGCAGUCUGUCAAGGAGAUUAUUGCUCUUUUAGUUGGUGUAUUCAUGAUGGUGGUGAUUGCCCAGUUUGAAUAGCUGGUAUAAUGCAUAUUUGUUGUUGUGAUGUUUUGAAAAACAGUUGUAUGACAUUAUGAGUAUUUUUUCUUAGGGUCCUUCAGUUGAAUGCUGUAAUGUGUAAACCAUCAUUGAGCUGGUUUCAGUUUUGUUAUAAUAUCUUAAGGUUUAAUGCUGUGGUACCCUUGAUGUUCUGUAUCAAGAAGCUUGAGUUAAGUUAGUAUUGAAACAAUUGAACAGUUUUGUUAUAAUAAUGUUGUGGUACCCUUGAUGUUCUGUAUCAAGAAGCUUGAGUUAAGUUAGAAUUGAAACAAUUGAACAGUUUUGUUAUAAUAAUGUUG